CGGCGAGGCUCCGGCGGUGAGGACAGAGAGGUCCGCUGAAGCAGCACUCCUUCCCUUCCCUAAUCCUUCAACUCGGGGGCAGGGGAAAGUUAAGUCGUGCAGAAGAGAGUUAAGUCGUGCAGAACCGCAAAGGUGCCUGGAUUUGGCAGGGGAGUAGUGUCAUCAAGCAUCUCGCCUGCUGGGGUCUGAGGGGUACCCCCAAGGUUGGGCCGCGGGGCUGCUCCGUUGUGGUGCUUGGAUUUCUCUCACUUGGAUGGCCUCUGGAGUACAGAGUUGCCCUUGGGUUGGUGGGAGGAGCCUCCGAGCUCUCAUUGCCCUCUGCUCUUGCUUCCACCCUUUGCCAUUCUGGACGAACCUGUUACCCGGCCACUGAAAAGUCACCAACUUAGUUUAGUUCCCUGUGAUCCCAAAACAAUUGUUGCAGCAGGCUCCUGGCAGUCUUAAGCAGUUCAUCUUCUUGGUGUACUGGGGAAAGAUUGCAGUCUUAAGAGAUCUGGGUUUGAGCCCUGCGUUUGACCUUAGUUUUCCUACUGUGAUUUUAUCAUGGAAAAUCAAUUGGCUAAAUCAACUGAAGAACGAACAUUUCAGUACCAGGAUUCUCUUCCAUCACUGCCUGUUCCUUCACUCAAAGAAUCAUUAAAAAAAUACCUUGAAUCAGUGAAACCAUUUGCAAAUGAAGAAGAAUAUAGGAAAACUGAAGAAAUAGUUCAAAAAUUUCAAAGUGGGAUUGGAGAAAAAUUGCACCAGAAAUUGCUUGAAAGGGCAAAAGGAAAAAGAAAUUGGCUGGAAGAGUGGUGGCUGAAUGUUGCCUAUCUGGAUGUUCGUAUACCAUCACAAUUGAAUGUCAACUUUGCGGGUCCUGCAGCUCAUUUUGAACACUACUGGCCUCCAAAGGAAGGGACUCAGUUGGAAAGAGGAAGUAUAAUUCUUUGGCACAACUUGAACUACUGGCAGCUAUUAAGAAAAGAAAAAGUGCCUGUUCAUAAAGCUGGAAAUACUCCUCUAGAUAUGAAUCAAUUCCGAAUGCUAUUUUCUACCUGCAAGGUUCCAGGAAUUACUAGAGACUCAAUUAUGAAUUAUUUUAGGACUGAGAGUGAAGGGCGUUCCCCAAACCACAUUGUAGUGCUGUGUCGAGGCCGAGCUUUUGUCUUUGAUGUAAUACAUGAAGGAUGUUUGGUCACCCCGCCAGAACUUCUCAGACAACUGACAUAUAUCCACAAGAAGUGCCAUAGUGAACCUGAUGGACCUGGGAUUGCAGCAUUAACUAGUGAGGAGCGAACUCGAUGGGCUAAGGCACGAGAGUAUCUGAUUGGUCUUGAUGCAGAGAACUUGGCCUUGUUAGAAAAAAUUCAGAGUAGUUUACUGGUAUAUUCCAUGGAGGAUGACAGUCCACAUGUAACACCAGAGGAUUAUUCUGAGAUUAUUGCAGCCAUCCUUACUGGAGAUCCAACAGUACGCUGGGGUGACAAAUCCUAUAACUUGAUUUCCUUUUCUAAUGGAGUAUUUGGCUGUAAUUGUGAUCAUGCCCCUUUUGAUGCAAUGGUUAUGGUGAACAUCAGUUAUUAUGUGGAUGAGAAAAUUUUUCAGAAUGAAGGAAGAUGGAAGGGUUCAGAGAAGGUACGAGAUAUACCACUUCCAGAAGAGCUUAUUUUCACUGUGGAUGAGAAAGUAUUAAAUGACAUCAGCCAAGCUAAAGCUCAGUAUCUCAGGGAGGCAUCUGAUCUACAGAUUGCGGCUUAUGCCUUUACAUCUUUCGGCAAAAAGCUAACCAAGAACAAGAUGCUUCACCCAGAUACAUUUAUUCAGCUUGCACUUCAGCUGGCCUAUUACAGACUUCAUGGACGCCCUGGUUGUUGCUAUGAAACAGCUAUGACAAGAUAUUUUUAUCAUGGCCGUACAGAGACUAUGCGGUCAUGCACAGUUGAAGCAGUCAGGUGGUGCCAGUCCAUGCAGGAUCCUUCUGUCAGUCCUCAUGAGCGGCAGCAAAAGAUGUUACAAGCUUUUGCAAAGCAUAAUAAAAUGAUGAAAGAUUGUUCAGCUGGAAAAGGAUUUGAUCGUCACCUUUUAGGUCUCUUACUCAUAGCGAAAGAGGAAGGUCUUCCUGUUCCAGAACUCUUUACGGACCCACUUUUUUCCAAAAGCGGAGGAGGUGGAAAUUUUGUUCUCUCAACAAGUCUGGUUGGCUAUUUACGAGUCCAGGGAGUGGUAGUUCCCAUGGUACACAAUGGUUAUGGAUUUUUCUACCACAUCAGAGAUGACAGGUUUGUUGUGGCCUGUUCAGCCUGGAAAUCCUGUCCCGAGACUGAUGCCGAAAAGCUAGUUCAGCUGACUUUUUGUGCGUUUUAUGAUAUGAUACAGCUGAUGAACAUUACUCAUCUUUAGAGAUGAAUCAUCUAUUAAGCACUUACCAAAACAUAUCAUUAAGCUGGGUGCUGGGAGUGAGUUGGUAAUAUGAGAUGGGAAGGAAUGUUGACUUGCUAACAUUCCUUUAACAUAAAGUUAAGAAAACUUGUUAAAUGUAGAAAUUAGUGGAAUCAUGCUCUCUAAAUUUAUUCUGCCAUAGGAGGUAGAAAUAUUUUUAAGCUCCUCUGAUGCAGCAGCAAUGCAAAUUAUGACAUAGUGAAUAUAGAACUAUGCAGUAUUUAAGCCUCAACAAUCCAAAUCUAUAAAUUUUAACAAUGCAAAUCCUACUCUAAUUUUUAAGUAUUUUUGUUGGUACUUACAUGGGUUAUAAAUCUUCUCUCUGGACAUCAGUGUAGAGUCCAUCUUUCAAGCACUUUAAUGUUUUUAGCUACCAAAGGGUAUGAAUUACAUUAUUUUAUGCUAAUUUCCCUGAAAUCAAUGCCUUCUAUGUUCACCACAGGGUUACAAGCCUGUUAUGUUUGAUGGGAAAGACCACUACACUUUAAUGGUGAUCUAAAAUAACUCUUUUGGGCUGGGUGCAGUGGCUCAUGCCUAUAAUUUUAGCACUUUGGGAGGCCGAGGUGGGAGUGUAUUGCUUGAAGCUAGGAGUUUGAGACCAGCCUGGGCAACAGGGUAAGGUCCUGUCUCUACAAGAUCAAAAAACUAGUGGGGUAUGAUAGUGCAUGUGUGCCUGUAGACCAAGCUACUUGAAGGUUGAGACAGGAGGAUCAGUUGAGCCCAGGAGGUUGUGGCUGCAGUGAGCUGUGAUGGUGGUGCCCUUAUGCUAUAUCCUGGGCAAGAGAGUGAGACCCUGUCUUAAAAAAAAAAAGAAAAAAAAAGAAAAAUAACUGUUUUGAACAGACAAAUUAGGUAGUAGAUGGAGAUGUAUACCCUCUAUCACACACACAUAAAACUGUAACAAAAUUCAUUGUGGUGUAUUAUAAUUAGUUUUGUGAAUAUAAAAAUAAAGCACUUAUAUUUAAACUUGUUAGAUUUUUAAAGGACUAAUGUUGAAUCAGAUUAUCAGAACUUUUUCCUCCUCGCUGUUCAAUUUUGUAGUUUUUACUCUCAAAAAAUGAAACUCCCAAAAUUAUAUGGCUUUUUAUGUUUGAAUAAAUAAUUCAUUCCUGUUU